AUGGAUAGUUUAUUAUCAACUUAUUUUGAAUCAUCUGAAAUUAAUGGUAAAGACGAAAUAACUCAACUUGAUAAUGAAAUUAACUUUCUUGAACUGAAGUACAUUGCUGAGCAAACCCCAUUUGAAAUUAAUAUGAAAGGAAAUGUAGUUGAGUUCUCAGUUAAUGUUUUACCUCAAUACGCUGGUAAGCUGUAUAUUUCUUUGACUCCUUACGACCAAAAAGAUGUUAUUCAAAAUUAUCCUACAUUCAGUUGUUUAUCUGAAGGAAAAACAAGGUCUUCAUUUGAGCUUCAACACAAAGGGUAUUAUCAAAUUCAUUUAAAAACAGGAACAGAAAUUGUAAAAUCAACAAAAAUUCAAUUUUCAUUUCAACAGCUUCAUUUAAAAGUUGUUAAUUAUAAUUCUCUUUUCAUAAAAUUGAAUGAACGUUCACAUAAAGGAGAUACUAUAGUACUUACACAACAACCGUCUCCUAAAUUAAAACAAUACUCUGAACAAACAAAUGACAAGUUAUAUCAAUACCCUUUAGAAAAUGGUGUUAUUUUAUUUCAUAUUAAAUUACCUGAAGCCAUUAGUAACAAACCAAGUCUUUGGUGUUGUUUCUAUUAUUCUACAAAUAAGAUAUCAGGUUCUCCUAUUCCACUUGCUUUUACUUAUUUCCAAGUCCCGUUCCAUUAG